AUGGAGCCAGCCCCAUUUGAAUAUAUGUCCAACUCUGUCCUGUUGGAGAAGAGUUUUAGUGACCAAUAUGAGACCUAUGAGAUCAUUAGAGGUGGCAGCUACGGUGUGGUGGUGAAGGCCUAUCACCGCCUCUUAGAGAGAGUGGUGGCUGUGAAAAUGCUAGAGAAGGAAGGGAACCUGAGCUUGGUGGAAAACGAGGUGGACAUUGUCAAAAAUAUCCACCACCCCCAUGUGAUCAGGAUGUACCAGGUGAUCCAGGGAGAGAGAUAUGUCCACCUGGUGCUGGAAAUGGCCACCAAUGGAGACCUCCUGUCCUGGCUCACAGAAUUACGCCGCUGCCUCUAUGAGGACGAAGCCAGGAGGUUCCUGAAGCAGAUAACCAGUGCUAUUGUGUACUUACACCAGAACAGAAUCGCACACCGUGACCUGAAGCCCGACAACAUCCUUCUGGAUGAAAAGGGCAAUGCCAAGGUCGGGGACCUGGGGCUCAGUGUCAGGAUUGCCCCGGGGCAGUUGCUCACAGAGAAGUGUGGCGCCUUCAUAUUCCGUGCCCCUGAGCUGUACCUGCAGGAGGAAUAUGAUGGGUUCAAGGUGGACCUCUGGGGCCUGGGCACCAUCUUGUUCUUCAUGGUGACGGGGAAAUUCCCCUUUAAAAUGACCACAUACCAGAAGCUAAGUGCCCAGAUCGUAAAUGGCCUGUACGAGAUCCCAUUUUACCUGACCUCAAAAGGACUUAGCAUCCUAUUAAAGCUCUUAACCGUAGACCCCAAACAGAGGCCCGAUAUCCAGCAGAUUAUGGCACACCCUUGGUUUGACCGGGUGGAGGAGGGCUCCCUGUAUCCCCAUGAGCCACUGCCUGAUGACUUAGACCCCACCAUUACCACCGUCAUGUGCAUCAUGGGCUACCCCAAGCCUCAGAUCCGCCAGUCGGUCCUGCAGAGGGCUUUCGAUGAAGUCAUGGCCAUCUACUGUAUGAUCAAAGAUCGUCUCAAGGGGGAGACGGUCAGCCCGGUGAAAAUCCAACCUGUGCCACUCUACCCCACCCACACCAACCUCUGUGCCUUCCCCCCGCAGAGGAGAGCCAGUUUGCCCGCCCAGCUCCAUUCUUUGCUCUUACCCUCUGAGCGGACCCCAACCUGCAUGGAGCCCUAG